AGCCCUAGCCAGGUGGGAAUUGUACAUGUUUGUUUCUUCACUGGGACUUGGCCCAUAAUUGGAAAAAUAAAUUGUGGAUUGAAAAUUCAAGUGAAAGGAGAUAUGGAUGUUAGUUGAGGAGGCGUAGCCAAGCCAAGCCAAGCCAUCAAUGGAAGGAGGUGGAGAAGGGUGGCGCCGUAUGAUAAGCGGUGCGGAGGAUAAGUAUGUGUUGAAUCAGAUAAUGCUGAGAUUCCGGCCGAUUGCGCCGAAGCCAGUCACCGGAGGGUCAGAUUCGGGUGAGCCGCCGACGGGUAGGAGUAACGCGCUCGCUUCCAGGGGGAGAACCAAGAGGAAGUACGUUAGGGUUCGUAAGAAUGUUAACGGCGAGGAGGAGAGUGGGAGAGAGAGGGUGGACAGUAAACGAGUGGUGACACUGCAGCUGUUGCCGGAGAUCGAGAAGAGCGGCGACUACAGCAGUGACCAAUCGACGGACGGCGGAUCUAGUUGUGAGUUUGAUUCUAGUAUCGGCACAAAUCAUCAGUGGUUGAGUCUUAGUAAGAUCGGAAGAGAGAAUUACAUGAGAGCGGAUUCGGCGGCGGAUCCGGCGGCGUUGAUGGACCAGAUGGGAGGAGUGGAGUCGUGGGUGACAGUGGAGUGCGUGACAGGCACAUGCAUGAAGGCUCCACCUCCUCAAGGGUUGGGAAUCAUCACUACGGACGAGGAGAGAAUGAGGAGUCUGGAUGUUGACACGUGUCCGGGGUUCGUCUCCGACGGUUGGAACAGGGUUUGGUGGCUGAACGGAGCGUUCAGGAGGAUGGUGAUGAUGGCGUGGCAGCAACAGUUGCCGGAGAUAGCCGUGUGGUUAGCGAUGAACGAGGAGCUGCCGUAUACCCACUCGGCGUUUACGUGCCAGGUGAAGCUGAGAUACACUGUGGGCAACAAGGAGAAGGAGAAGUACUACCACUCGCAAAUGGUGCCUUGUGAUUUGUGGAGAAUGGACGGAGGAGGAUUUGCAUGGAGGCUCGACGUUAAAGCUGCGCUCACUCUGGCCGUUGAUGCAGCUCCACUACAUAUCUAAGAGGUUAAAGACUGAGCCAGGAAUUAUAGGUCGAGAUGAUAAGGUAAGGUAAAAUGAUAAAAGACGAAAUCCGACUGGCCUAUUGGUUUGAGUCUAGUCAUUAAUCUUGUCAGUAAUGUGACCCCAUUAUUAUUUUUACUGUGCUCCCUUGCCUGGCCUCUUUUAAUUUGGGUCCAUCACCAUCAUGAACUGAUUUAAAGCCUGGCCGAGGGUAACUGAGCAAACUGAAGUAUCACAUACAGAGAAAAUUAAACUGAUCCUAGCUGCUAGCUUCAUUCCAAAUAUACGGAACAAAAAAUUAUAUGGAAAUGGUUCAUAUAUAAGACUUGUAGUCUUGUAGAUGUGGGAGUAAUUCCAAGAUGGAAGGUCAAAGUAGGUACACAUAGUUAAACUAUACUCUUAUAGUAAAAUAUGUUUUAGAGUACAAAAGUGAGAUUGCAUACUAUGUUUCAUUACUUAUGGGAGGGUAACAUAUAAUGCUCUUCUAGAAUGUUUCAUUACUUAUGGGAGGAUAAAGAUUGCAUUAUAUGUUUCAUUACUUAUGGGAGGGUAACAUAUAAUGCCUACCUAGAACAGCAGUAGUUAUAUGUACGGCAGGAUAAUUGUGUACAGACUCGGUAAUUGGUGGUGAUUGAGCUCUAAAAUGAAAAUGUACUAUGUAAUUUAAGGAGCACUAGUAGAAUUAUAAGGGAGAUAGUUGUAAGGUGUCACAUUGAUGAGAAAUAUAUAGGAUGAAUAUA